AUUAAUGAAGUUAUAAUGAACCGCAUCAACGAAGGCUAGCCCAUUGAGCCGGUUUGUCCCUCCUUGAUCGUACACACGAUUGCCAAUUCAAGUGUUCUUCUUCGGGCGCCGAGAGAAAAACGCGCCACCGUUGAAGAGUUAAAUAAACAGAAGCAUUCGAAGUAGUAAAACCAUCACCGGCACAGGGCUAACACUGACCUCUCGGUUUUGAUCGCGAGAAAGAUGGCCUCCCCCAAGCCAGCGAUGGCUGCUGGUGGCAAUAAAAAUGGCACCUCAUCACCGCCGAGCAAAAACAAUGGUAAAUUGCAACCGGACAAGGGUGCCGGCAGCAACAGCAGAAGCAUCGAGGACACGGUCCUAUCGCUGCGACGUGAACUACGUGAGGUCUACGAGACGCUGCGUGAGAAGAAUGAACAACUGGUGCAGCUGGAGAAGGAUGUACGUGAUCGCGAUAUCAGCAUCCGCUAUCUGAAGAACGAGUUCAAGAAGCUCAAGGACUACUACCAGAGCACCAAAAGUGACUUGAGCAUUCCGCCCAACUUCAAUCUGAACGGGGGCAGUAAGGAGGACGGCGGAAGUAGUUUGGAAGAUUUACUGCAAAAGGUGCAGAAGGAGUGCAAGGAGAAAGAUCUACAGAUAAGGGAACUGAACCAGAAGGUCAUUCGGUUGUCAAAUAAUCUGAUCUACGUGCAGAAGGAAUCACUGAGUAAGGAUGAUCGGAUUGAUGAGUUCCAGAAUGAAAUUGACAAAUUUAGACAGGUGGUUCGCCCCAUCACCAAGGCAAUGAUCGAGAAACGCUGCUCCGAGGAAAGUUACGACUCGUUUGCACCGGGCAUAGAGAACACCCGGGUGCUGCCGGUGAGCCAAGAGCCGCGCAUGAAACGGCAGGCCAUCAGUGCGGAACCGCUGUCUUCGCUGGCCGGCAUGCAGGGUGAUCUCAUCAAGAUUCCCAAGACGUCACUGUAAGCAUCAUUUCAGCAU